GUGACAAAAUAUCUUGUUCAAAAUGGGAACGUUUUUUUAUCCAUAAAUUAAAAGAGCGCCCCCUAUAUCCAAGAAGUUAAGUCAGUGUGGAUAGUCUGUGGGAGUGGGAGAUCAGUACUUGUUAGCCAUUUAUCAAACCUGCAUAUACCACACAACCUUGUCAGUAAUAAGAAUUGGGAAACUUGUUUAGUGCAAUGAUGUAUUGAUAGGAAGUAUCAUAUGGGGUUUAGCAUAAACAACAAAAUAAUAUUUCAAUAAAUCAACAACAAAUGAAUAGUCCUGUCAGAGUUAGCAUCUCAAUUAGGAAACCGUAGUCCUAUUAGAACCUGUUGUUGAGCCUUUAAGUCCUUGAAUGGAUGUCCAAGUCCAAAGAAAUAGUUGUUACUCCCCCAAGUGAAGAGGAUGGCUCUCAACUAUUCCACUAUUUUACCACCACAACAUUGGUUUGGGCAACGAAAGAGGCCUAAAAUCUCUUAGCCCACAACAAAAACAUGCUAGCCUUCCCCCACCAUGGACUUGCAGUUGAUUCAAGAUGGCCCCUGUGGCUUGGACACACCCCACACCGCCCCCAUACCUGCAACCUUAAAGACUUACUUCAUAAUGGUAUUAUGGCCAGGGGAUAGAAGCUGUUUUGGAGCCUGUUGAUCUGAACCUUGAUGCACCGGUACCGCCUGCCAGACGGAAGCAUGGAGAACAGUCCAUGUCUCGGGUAGCUGGAGUCUUUGGCAAUUCUUCGGGCCUUUCUCAGACACCUGGCAUGUACGUCCUGGAUAGCUGGAAGCUCACCCCCAGUGAUGCUCUGGGCCGUCCGCACCACCCUCUGUAGGGCUUUCCGGUCGAGGGCAGUACAGUUGCCAUACCAGACGGUAAUACAGCAAGUCAGGAUGCUCUCGCUGGUGCAGCUGUAAAAGGUUGAUGGCGGUGAAUGUAUUCUCCAUCUCUUCGGCUCUGGAGAACCUGAGUCGUCAUGAGAUGCUGUCCUGGGUCAACGACUCUCUACGGCUCACCUACACCAAGAUAGAACAACUGUGUUCAGGUGCAGUGUAUUGUCAGUUCAUGGACAUGUUGUUCCCUGGCUGUGUCCUGCUGAAGAAGGUGAAGUUCGCAGCCCGGCUGGAACAUGAGUUCAUCAACAACUUCAAGGUCCUACAGGCCUCCUUCAAGAGAAUGGGCGUAGACAAGAUCAUCCCAGUAGAGAGGCUGGUGAAGGGGAGGUUUCAGGAUAACUUUGAGUUCAUCCAAUGGUUUAAGAAGUUUUUUGAUGCCAACUACGACGGGAAGGAGUAUGACCCUGUGGCUACACGCCAGGGGCAGGAGGGCGCCCCCUCACCCAACCCAGGCCCCCAGAGGACAUCUCCCACAGUGACCAAGACAGCCCCCUCCAGGCAGAUAAACUCUGCCUCCAUCCGCAGGGCGAUGCCCACUAGAGCAACCAGACCAUCAGACGCUGAGAUCCUAGAACUGAACCAGCAGAUGUUGGAUCUGAAGCUGACGGUGGAUGGUCUGGAGAAAGAGAGAGAUUUCUACUUCAGUAAGCUGAGAGACAUCGAGUUGAUCUGUCAAGAGAAUGAGACCAACUCCAGCCCAACACUCUCCAAGAUCAUGGAUAUACUGUACGCUACUGAGGAUGGCUUCAUGGCGCCAGAGUACGACAAGGUGGAGGAGGCGCCACAGGGAGACCAAGAAGAUUACUAAACACGCCUCCUUUCUCUGCACCACUCCAUGCCUCCUUUCUGCACCACUCCAUACCUCCUUUCUCUGCACCACUCCACGCCUCCUUUCUCUGCACCACUCCACGCCUCCUUUCUCUGCACCACUCCACGCCUCCUUUCUCUGCACCACUCCACGCCUCCUUUCUCUGCACCACUCCACGCCUCCUUUCUCUGCACCACUCCAUACCUCCUUUCUCUGCACCACUUCCCUCCGUGGAUCACCUCUUCAAGAUUCUCAUCUCCUUCCCCUUCUCUUCUCCCAUCCUCUCCCAACCACCCCCCAAGACAUGUCUGCUCCGGACAGUUCAUCUGAAUGGGCAUUGUUAGCAGGAUGCUAGGCUAAUAGCUAGCUCUGAACAGCUCCUCUGAAUGGGCAUUGUUAGCAGGAUGCUAGGCUAAUAGCUAGCUCUGAACAGUUCAUCUGAAUGGGCAUUGUUAACAGGAUACUAGGCUAAUAGCUAGCUCUGAACAGUUCAUCUGUAUGGGCGUUGUUAGCAGGAUGCUAGGCUAAUAGCUAGCUCUGAACAGUUCAUCUGUAUGGGCGUUGUUAGCAGGAUGCUAGGCUAAUAGCUAGCUCCACCAAAUAUGGUGAUGAGAGGAAGCACAGUGGCCGGCAGUGGGAGAAGGAUUUUGGCCGACAUUCUGCAAAUUUUCUCAUCAAUGAAACAUUUGACCUCUACGGUUUUUCUGUUUCCCAAACUAGAAUCUGUAACAAGCAGAGUGUACUGCGUUUUGUAUACUUUAUCCUUUACGAAAGUUUCAAAGUAUUGUGUUGUUUAGAAAAAGUGUAAGGGUGAAUUGAGUUAUUGCACACACGCACUUCAGAGUAGGCGUUCCCUAAUGGAAAUAUGCAAAUAAAUGUUAGAAUGUGCCAAUAGGAUCUCACUAGCUCGUGGUUGGCUCUGCCCACUAUGGUUUAUUUGCUCCCAUUGGAAAUGACAGACUCCUGUCUAUCUUGGGUUAGUUAUAAAAAAUCUUUGGUUAAUCUGUAUGGGAGGUGUUAGCAGGGUGCUAGGCUAAUGGCUAGUGUAAAGGAGAUGUCAGGUUGUUAGCACAAAGUAUGGCUCUAUAGAGCCCUCUGCCUAUAGAUGCAGGUCACACAUCAAACUCCAUCAUCUCUGAACCCAGAACCAAGUCUCGCAUGCUUCUCUCAUAUUGGAAAGAGACUCACUCCACUGACUCACUGGCCCAGUUCAGCAUUAGGGCUCGGCCUCUACCUACCAUACACAUAUCAGUCAUCAGUCCCUGCAUUAAUAAUAUGGGCUCAGCAGCACCACCAUGUUGUCAGUUGUCAAGUCACUCUGUCGUCAGGGAAACAGCCUGUUGUAAAGAAGCGAUUAACCAGACGGCAUGAUUUUAUUUCUUUAGCGGUUAUUUUCCGUUCCUUCCGAACUCUGGAUUGGAUAAGAGAGGGUCGAGAAGCUUGCACCAAUGGAAGCAAAACAAACCAAUCAGAAUGAUCCAGAAACCUACAUAUAAGGUGAUUGGGUGAGGCCAGCAGGAAGCAGGGGUCUCUAUUCAGCAGGGAGCAACGUUAUAUAACAUUCAGAACUGGAUUACAGUAGAACAGACUCAACUGUAUGUCAGAAUCAUGUCAGCUCUAUUUCUUACAUUUCUGUCUGCAACAGUCUGCGGGUGUUAACCACUGAAUUCACCCUGGGUUAAAUUGUUGUAUUGUUUUGAAUGUGGAGUUAGUUAGCGUAAACAUGGAGUGGCUAACAGGUUAACAAGGUGGUUAAUGUGAAUCUAUUUAUUACCCAGAGAAGGCUUUUAUUAUUAAACUAUAUGAAUGAACAAAAACACACUACUAUACCAUAGAUACUAAUGGGUGAAUGUGGAUUAUUGUUUUAGCUGCUGUCUUUGAUUUGGAGUUUUUUGGGGGGGGUUGUUGACGUGUUGUUGUUGACAUGUUGCACUGUGUUAAAAAUACCACAGUCUCUGUCAUGGUGAUGGGGAGCAGGACUUAGUGGUGACUGACAGCUGCCCCUGGUUGUCAUGGCAGCCCUGUGAUAGAUUGUCAUUUUAUUACGAGGCUGAAUAAAGAGAUGGGUUCAAAACCAGAA